AUGGCCCACCAUCCGCAUCAUCACCAACAUCCCUUUAUUCCAGCUGUCUCUUCAUUUAACCAGGGCGCCGGGAUGUCCGUAUUCGGCCUUCAGCAGCUGUUUCCCGACGGUAAACCGGUGGCCCAUUUGGCUCCGUUGACAAUUAUUGCCCCGCCCAGCGGUUCGUGCAUUCAGACGUGCAGCAGCUCCGCCGCCGGCCCACUCCUCAUUGCCGGCGAGCCAAACAACAACCGGGGUUGCUUCGCCCGUUCGUCGACCCCAUCAUCGUCAAUCUCGAACCCAUCGUCGAGUACAGAUGGAGAAUCGUCAUCUUCCCCUUCAUCCCGUGUCAUCGUCAGAACAUAUCCGAAGAAGCGCAAGGAGGUCGUCAAGACUUAUUGGGAACGUCGAAAAAAGAAUAAUGAUGCGGCAAAACGGAGUCGAGAUCAGCGGAGGCUAAAAGAAGAUGAGGUGGCAUCUCGCGCGCUGAGUCUCGAGCGGGAGAAUGCAAUGCUGAGGGAAGAGUUGCAGCGGCUACGCGCAGAGACAUCGGCCCUUCACACUAUUAUUGUCGGCGGAUCUGCACAAGUGAUCCAACGACAACUCUCCGCCCCCACACCACAACUUCAUCCAGCGCACCACUCUGUCAUCAGAUCCACGUCCCGGGAAACUGUAUUCGUACAGGGACCCACCAGA